AUGAGAAUCGCCGAGAUUUCGUCACCGGAGAUCCGGCAACAAUCCAGCCACAACCUCCACCACUGCCUCAUCUCUCAACUCGACUCUUUAAUUAAACAAACCGAAAAUCACCACUCUCCUAACAACCUUUCCACUCUCUCCUCCGAUCUCAAACAAACCCUAACUCAACUUACUCAACUUGCUCCCUUUCCCAACAACUCACUCAAGCUUCAACUCUGGAAACUCGCCUACCGGCUCUGGAACUCUUGCGUCGAUCUCUCAAAUGCCGCCUCCAUUUCCCGCUCUUCCUCCGCCGACGAACACAUCGCCAUUCUUCGCCACGUUGCCGCCGAUCUCCUCUCCCUCGCUGCUGACGUCUCCGGCGUUCCUUCUCCCGCCAUCAAGUCCGCCUCCUUCUACUACAAAACCGGUCUCAUCUGGCACAAUCUCAGAAAGUUCGAUCUCGCUUCGAUUUGUUUUGAAAAAGCCACGGAGAUUGUAUCCAAGCUCGAUAUUAAGAAGAUUUCCGACUGGGGAGAGAAGAAAAUGAUAUUAGAUAUAAAUAUCGCGAGAUCUCGGACUGCCUGGGAAGUUCUUGACCGAAAAAUCGCGAUAAAUUUACUCAACCGAGCCAAAUGUCUUCUCUUCGGCUCGUUUGACCAUUACAAAGCGCUUGCGAAUCAGUUCUUGAUGUUUGGCAAGAGCAUUUUAUCAAAACACGACACCGCUUCAUUAAACGAUGCGCUGAAGCUGAUGAACGAAGCGUUGGAUCUCUGCGAGAAGGGAUUGGAUGAAGUGAGAACGCGUGAAGAGAUGUCGGAGCUCAAGGAUUUAAAAUUCAAAACGCUGCGUUUCAUAUCGGCGGUUCAUUUGCAAAAGGGAGAAUACGAGAGCGUGAUCAAGUGCGUGAGGGUUUUAAGAGAGGGUAGUUUCGGAAACGGUGGUGAGGUUGGGGACCACCACGCGAGUUUGCCGGUUUUGGCAAUGAAGGCGUGGCUGGGUUUGGGGAGAUACAGUGAAGCGGAGAAGGAGCUGAGGGACAUGGUGGUAAUUAAGGGGGUUCCGGAGACUAUUUGGGUGUCGGCGGUGGAGGCUUACUUUCAGGCGGCGGGAACGGCGGGUGCUGAGACUGCAAAAGGUGUGUUUCUGGGACUGUUGGGACGGUGCCACGUCAGUGCCAAAUCUGCGGUCAGAGUGGCCCACAGGGUUGUUGGAGAUGAUGGGGAUGGCGUUAGUGCAGGGGCAGCCAAAGUGAGGGCCAAGGUGGUGGCAGAGUUGGUAUCUGAUGAGAGAGUACUGGCGCUUUUUGCCGGUGAUGCCGCGGCCAAGGAUAGAACCACCAUGCAUGCCGUUUUGUGGAAUUGUGCUUCGAAUCAUUUUCGAGUGAAAGACUAUGAGAUGAGUGCAGAGAUGUUUGAGAAAUCGAUGCUAUAUCUUCCAUUUGACUUAGAAAAUAGAAACCUCCGAGCCAAGAGCUUCAGAGUUUUGUGUCUCUGUUACCUUGGACUUUCUCAGCUUGAUCGAGCUCAAGAAUACAUCAUUGAGGCAGAAAAGCUUGAACCCAACAUAGGCUCUGCUUUCCUUAAGUUCAAAGUCCUUCUGCAAAAAAAGGACCAUAAGAAUGCUAUUAAUCAAAUCCUGGCAAUGACAAUCUGCCUCGACUUCACUCCAGACUUCCUUUCCCUUUCAGCCCAUGAAGCUGUUGCUUGCUGUGCUCUUCCAGUUGCUGUUGCCGCUCUAUCCAAUCUCCUAAACUUCUACACGUCAGGACCAUCCAUGCCAUCCAUGCCAACAACAGAAGUUGUAGUUUUACGUACCUUAGUUACAAUCCUGACUCAAGAACCAGGCAAUGAGUCAGAAAUCCUCAAAUACGUGAAACGAGCUCAUACGCGGGCAUCUGAACUUGGGCCUGACUAUUUUUUUGGCAAAGAGGAGGCUGGAAGACGAGAACAGAAUUGGUUUGCAGUGAUGUCUUGGAAUUUUGGGACAAAAUGUGGGAAGGAGAAGAAUUAUGAAUUGUGUGUUGACUUUUUGAGAUUCGCUUCAGAAUUUUUUGGUGGUUUGGUUGAUGGGAAAGUGGAAGAAAAUAGUGUCAUGGUUUGCAAAUCAUUAAUUCUUACUGUAUCUGCCAUGAUAGCCUUAGAGAAUCAAAAGCAGACUGCAUUGGAGGACACUGAAGUGAAACAAGCUGUUGAACUGCUAGAAAGAUCGGAGAAGAUACUGACUUCAUUGUCACCGGGGUCUAUGGAGUCCGAACUCUACUUCAUGUAUACAUUCACCGCCUAUGAUAUACAAGGGAGGCUCAACAAUCCAGAAUCUCAACAACUCCUUGUAAAGAAAUUUGCCAGCUCAAAGGCUUGCACUCCCAAAAACCUCCUCCAGAUUGGCCUCGCUGCCUCACAGGGUCCAAGGUCCAAUCCUCAAGUAGCCACCUUCGCUCUUAAUGAGAGCCUCUCAGCUCUGCUUUCUUGCCCCUCACCUGACUACCAAAACGUGGCCCUAACCGUCCGCAAGCUAAUCGCAGUAGCCAGCAUUCACAGAGGCGAAACAGAUGAUGAUGCAGUGCACAGUAUGUACAAACAAGCGUAUCGAAUAAUGGUGGGGCUUAAGGAAGGUGAGUAUCCCUCAGAAGAAGGAAAAUGGCUUGCAAUGACUGCAUGGAACCGCGCAGCAGUGCCGGUGAGGCUGGGGCAGAUUGAGCUUGCAAGAAAGUGGAUGAAUGCUGGAGUGGAAAUUGCUGGGAAAGUUGUUGGAAUGGAGACUUACAGGGCAUGCAUGGAGGAUUUCAUUUCUAGUUUCGAAAAUAAAUGUCAUGAGCACAAAAACCAUACUAGUGAAAGCAGGCCUCUGAUGGUGUUAUGAUCCAUUAUGUGUACGUCUUACAGAAAUCACCAGUGGUACAUCUAUUUUGUAAAUUGUAAAGAAACUUAUAUGCACUAUUAAAUACAUACUCAAAAGAGACUGUAAGGUUAAGAAUUAUAUAUCCAUGAA